GUAGAAUGCUCGAAUUUUAUUUGAAUCACAUUUAUGUACUGAUUAGCUAACACAAAUCAAUUUUUGUGAAGAGAUUUUCAUAUAAAUCUCUGCUUUACUCUGUGAUUAUCAUUUGAGUUUUUCCUUUGUCGUGCAAUAUAUUGAAGAAACAUGGCAGCUUGUGCUCUUCCAGCAGAUAAUUGGCAAGACUGCAAAACUAUUCAGGUUCAACAAGAUUGUUAUCCAAUACCAAAAGAACAUGGUUGGAAAGACUGCAAGAACUUUCAGGUUCCAGAGAGUUCUCUUUGGAUUGAAGGCAACAAUUGUGGGAACAACAUAGGGUAUGGAGAUAAUUGGUACAACGUUGAAGAUGGUGUUGAAGUUGUUUCAGGCGAAACACAAUGUGACAUUAUUGACAGUGGAUGUGGCGUACCUAGUUCCGAACAGGUACUCAUCUCUGAAGCAAUGAUGGAUAGUGGUUUACACAGAAAUCACUGCCAUUCUAGAAGAAACCAUUGUCGCUGCAGAAACAUUUGCCACCCAUCCAGAAAUGACUGUGAAGCAUCGAAUUCUCCAACAAACACAAAGUCAUCCUCCUGCAAUGAAACCAAAAUAUCCGCUUCAAAUGUCAAGAGUACUUGCAAAGCCUCUUCAACAAGCAUCAAAAGAGACUCCGGAGAUCAUCACCACUCACACCAUGGUCAUGGUAAUGGUCAUUGCCAGUGUGCUGGUCAGAGCUGUCAAUAUGUUCACAGCACGAGGAUGGUACCGAAAGUAAUUGUCCAGCCUCGUGUAAGAUACGUACCUCAAGUGGUCAAUGAUGAUUCAUGCAUACAACAAACUGUAUGCCAACCGAGUUGUAAUUCCGUUGAGAAGUCAGUCGAAACUUGUGGAUCCUGUGGUAGGCAUCGAAGAUGUAGGGAAGCUGUAAUUUGUCAGAGGUCCAGAAGUGAAUACCGUUGCAAUAGAGGUAGUGCAAGCGAAAAGAAGAAAUCCACUCGCAAAGGUCUUUGCUGGUAACAUGUUUUUCAGCAACGUGUUGGAAGCGAUAUGUUUUUCAGCUUUUUGGAUAAUUUGCGUUGCUUUGUUUUUCAUUUUGUUAUAUUUUAUCUUAGUGAUGUUAAAACUAAUUUGAAAUUUACCUUAAUACUUGUCUGUUGGCGUCUAAUAUAAUAUCUCUACAACUC